AGUUGAAUGACGUCAACAACAAUCGACGGCUCUGCUCUUCAUUGUGUUUACUAGCCGUCCAAAAGUGGCUCAGUUGUGUAGUAACAAAUGAUUUUACAGCACUUUAUAACGCAAUGGACCUGUCGAUGAUUUAGCGGGGAGAUUCGGUGACUCUAAUAUCAGUAAACAUGAACAAGGGUUGGCUUGAGUUAGAAAGUGACCCGGGGUUGUUCACACUUUUGGUGGAGGACUUUGGUGUGAAGGGAGUUCAGGUGGAGGAGAUCUAUGACCUGCAGAGCAAAUGUCAAAGUCCUGUAUACGGCUUCAUCUUCCUCUUUAAAUGGAUCGAGGAGCGAAGAUCUCGGCGGAAAGUCUCCACACUGGUAGAUGAGACCUCCGUUAUCGAUGAUGACAUUGUUAACGACAUGUUUUUUGCUCAUCAAUUAAUACCAAACUCGUGUGCUACUCACGCCCUCUUAAGUGUGCUUCUAAACUGCAGUGGCGUUGAGUUGGGAACAACUCUGAGUCGCAUGAAGGCUUUCACUAAGGGCUUCAGUCCUGAGAGUAAAGGUUACGCCAUCGGAAACGCCCCCGAGCUUGCGAAAGCCCACAACAGCCAUGCAAGACCGGAGCCACGACACUUGCCGGAAAAACAGAACGGCAUCAGCGCCGUCCGGACGAUGGAGGCGUUUCACUUCGUUAGUUACGUGCCAAUUAAAGACCGACUGUUUGAGCUGGAUGGGCUGAAGGCGUACCCUAUUGACCAUGGGCCAUGGGGAGAGGACGAGGAAUGGACUGAUAAAGCUAGACGGGUCAUAAUGGAGCGAAUCGGGCUGGCGACUGCAGGAGAGCCCUACCAUGACAUCCGCUUCAAUCUCAUGGCGGUGGUUCCAGAUCGCAGGGUCAAAUACGAGUCCAGGCUUGAUGUCCUUAAACAGAACAGACAGAUCAUUCUAGAGGGGCUCAAGCAAGUUAGAGACAAAAAAGUGAUUCGGAUGUCCCAUCAAGAAUCAGGCCAAGACCGCAAGCAAGACUCCUCCUCCUCCGAGGACACAUCCCCUGUUGUGAAAAAGGAGGCAGGGCCAGGGACACCAAUACCUUUGGGUACUGAGCAGGCCCUGCCCAAAGAAACUCAGGAAAGUGCUGCCACUGUAUCGAGUCCAGCUGGAAAAGUCAAAGCCAUGGCUAAACCCUCUGCCCUGCCAACAGGAGGCGCUCCACCACCAGCCCCUCUACCCUUACCUAACCCCAACACCAUUGUUCAGCGUUUGCCAGCUUUCCUAGACAACCACAACUAUGCCAAGUCCCCCAUGCAGGAAGAGGAAGAUCUUGCUGCAGGUGUGGGUCGUACGCGUGUACCCAACCCUCCUCAGCCCCCUUAUUCUGAUGAUGAGGAUGACUAUGAUGAUGAAGAGGAAGAGUGUAGCACUACAGGAGCUUCCAGCAGGUUCCGCAGGAAGGCGGGUUUACGUGCACGUACUGUGGGCCGCAGUGGAGUGGCCGGGGUUACGGCCAUGGAUGGUCAGCUAGCACUCAGUGUUUUAGCAGAGAAACUCAAGAAAGAGGCCCAGAGGAAGGAUGCUAUGGCAACAGCAGGUUCCGCAUCUCUGAACGUACGCACCGAGGGUCGCACAGGCGGAAUCAGCAUCACCGCGGCCUGCCAGCCGUCACCCACACCCAGUAACGAGAGCACGGAUACAGCCUCUGAGAUCGGCAGCGCAUUCAACUCGCCGCUACGCUCGCCUGCACGAUCACAGGCCACUACGCGUCCAUCCAGCCCUGUGGCUUCCCACUUUGCGGGUCGCGUGCUGUUCGGGGAGGAGGAAGGGCUGCUUAGGUUAGACGCCCGACACAAUCGUGCUGUUCGGGACUUGGGGGUGCUAGUGAGCUUGACGUUGCUGCAACUGCAAGAGGAUGGAGUCAUGUACGCCAUGACGCCUACAGGUAAACAAACAUCCAAUGAGAAAAAAGUAGGCGGUGUGGAGAAAAAGGAGAAAGAAGAGGCUACUGGUCCAGGAGGAGGAGAACAGGAGGUGAAGGAAGGACCAUCAGUGGAUAUCAAACAGGAACACAUCAAAGAUGCAUUGGACGUCAAACCAGACAAAGAGAACCUGCCAUCCACAGAGUCUGAGAUCAACACCAAACCUGCUGGAGAGAAGUACACUCCCAAAGAGUUACUGGCCCUGCUGAAAUAUGUGGAAGCUGACAUCACCAACUAUGAAUUGUGUCUUAAAGAAGAAGUGGAGAAAAGGAAGAAGUACAAGAUCGAUGACCAGAGGAGGACUCAUAACUAUGACGAGUUUAUCUGCACCUUCAUAUCAAUGCUGGCACAAGAAGGUAUGUUAGCAAGUCUGGUUGAGCAGAACAUUUCCGUCCGUCGCCGACAGGGCGUGAGCAUUGGCCGCCUCCACAAACAACGCAAACCCGACCGGAGGAAACGCUCAAGGCCGUACAAAGCCAAGCGCCAAUGAAAACUCCAAAACAGCUUUCAACAGGAUCGACAGUGUGCCAACUAGUACUGUGGACACUGAACAACAAAAUCAGGCACUUAAGUCGAGAGGUUGUCCAGGGACAUUUCUGAAGACGAACUAAAUGACCAAACACCUCAUAAACAGUGUUAGCGUUAAUAUCAAACUGUUGCAAGCAAGAUUCCAGCUUUUCACUUCAGCGGUCAUUGUAUUCUCAUUUCAUGAAUCAUUACAUUGUACUAUAUCAAACAAAUAAAAAAACAGCAACAUUAGUGCUUUGAGUGCUGGGGCUGGACUGAUUCACUCUCGGAAUUCCAAAUAUUCCAAGGAAUCUUUGUAGCCAGACUUCCCAAUCGUCCAGUCUAUGUAAUAUCAAAGUUUUGCCAUUCCUGAUUCGCUCAACAUGCAAACAUUUUUGUGCUGUUUUCCACUUAAAAUAUCUAAACAUUCUUAAAACAACAAAUUUAUUUGAGAGGCAAAAUGACAAAAUAUAUUUUUUCUUGUUUUCAGAGAAAUCCAACGCAAUUUAGUUAAUAAUUUGCCAAUGGUGUCUGGAAAAAGAAACUUGAUUCAAAGGGAAAACAAAUAGAUUUUUCUUACCCUAUUGGCGCAUAGUUUUCUCUCGUUUUAAGCAUAAAACCCACCAAAUUUUGUUAGAUUUAUCUGAAAACAAGACUUGAUAUCUUGCGCUUCUUUUUAUUAAGGAAAUAUGUUUUAGGUAUCAUACUGGUGAUGUAUGAUGUUUCCAAAUGGGCCAAUCAGGAUGGGAUUCUCGAGGUGCGUUUGUGUUGUUCACAUUGAGAAUGCAUUUCUGGGAUCAGCUAUCAAUUCUCAUUAAAUAAUUUUGUUCAUAGAAAUAAGAAACAAAUGAAGAUCCUGGUCUUGUACUGUUACUUUUGGAUAUUUUAAGGCUUGAUUCAUGAGUUGGUUCAUGAAUGUGUGUAUGUAUCAUUUUAUACAAAUCGAACUCUUGUGCAAACUAUCAAUGUCGGAAAUACAGACUGAUCUUAGGAGGUUUGUUUUUGUUGGUAGAAUAUAGAUGAAUGGGUUUGUCUCAAGACAUGGUCUGUCAUUCUGUACAUAUGUAUUUGUGUAUCAUCUUAUGUCCAUACAGGGCUUUCAGAUUUCUAGACAUUGAAUAAAUGUUUCAAAUUACA